AUGACAAUCCUAGUUCCCAAUCACAUGAGAGAGGCUAUCUUAUGCAAUGGUUUUGGCUCGACAUUUAUUAGACCCGCCUUGAAGUGGUUAACCAGUUUACCCAACGGAUGCAUCACCUCCUUUGCGCACCUCAACAACAUGUUCAACCAACAGUUUGCUAGCAGCAGAGGAUUGGAGAAGCAGACAAGCGAUAUGUACCAGAUAAUCCAACGGCCAGACGAACCUCUGAAGGAUUACAUAACCCGAUUCACCAGAGAGAAGGUGACGGUCCUAGAAUGUGACAUCCCAACCGCAAUACAGGCGUUCAGGCAGGGACUAUAUGGAGAAACAGAUAUGUGGAGAGAUCUCAUUAAGUAUCCGUGCAAGACGUUCGAAGAUGCACCGGCCAAAGCUAUGGCACAAGUCAGACUUGAAGAAACUCUUUAUUGUAGGAAAGGAGCCAAUGACUAUGCCAAGACGGAUAGACGACUGCCCUACCCCAAGAAGAGAGAUGAUCGCCCUGCUCCCUACACUCGGCCACUACAAGUAGCAACAGUAGAAGAAGAAGACACCGAUUAUGGAGAAAGUAGUACAAUGGCCACCAAACUCCAGCAAACCCGACUCAAAAAAAGAUCCCUUAAAAAGUGGUAUGAUUUCCACGUCGACAUCAUUCACACCACCAAUGAAGGUGUUGCACUGAAAAGAGAAGUUGCUUACCUACUAAGUAGCGGACACCUCAAAGACGUCAUGUCUGAUAAAGCUCGUGGCGUCAUCGAAAAAGACGUCUCCAACUCUCCUUCUAAACCUCCUCUUCCCCCUCCUCAUACUAAAAGUGUUAAUUUUAUUGCUAGUGGCUCUGACAUUUGUGGUUUGACUUAUUCUGCAGCGAAGAGACAAGCUCGGGAAAAUGAGGUAGAUAGACUAGUAAGGGCGGCCGCUGCGGGAUAUGUGACUCCCAUAUCCUUUGAUGAGUCUGAUGCAGGAAACAUCUCUGGCAGACACCAUGACGGACUUGUGAUAUCUAUCCCCGUCUGGAACUGUAUGAUCAAACGAGUCCUUGUCGACAAAGAAAGUUCCACCAAUGUCAUGAUGCUGGAUUCCCUCAAAGAGAUGGGGCUAAACCCAGAGAAGGAUGUCACCAAGAAGUCGACGGUGUUAAAAGGCUUCUGUGGCGAGGCAAAAACUACCUUCAGAGAAGUCACCUUGCCCGUCUAUGCUCAAGGAGUGAUCCAGCGGUAA